CUCCCUGGCAAUUGGAACCACAACUGGAUACAGACUUUUCUCUUUAAGUUCUGUGGAGCAACUGGACCAGGUCCAUGAAAGCAAUGAAAUCCCAGAUGUUUACAUCGUGGAGCGUCUGUUCUCCAGCAGCCUUGUGGUUGUGGUCAGUCAUGCCAAGCCACAGCAAAUGAACGUCUACCACUUCAAGAAAGGGACAGAGAUCUGCAACUAUAGCUAUUCCAGUAAGAUACUGUCCAUCCGGCUGAAUCGUCAGAGGCUGGUUGUUUGCCUGGAGGAGUCAAUUUACAUCCAUAACAUUAAGGACAUGAAGCUUUUGAAGACUAUUCUGGAUACACCUCCAAAUACAACAGGCCUGUGCGCUCUCUCGAUCAACCACGCCAACUCCUACUUGGCUUAUCCCGGCAGCGCGACCAGCGGAGAGAUCGCGCUUUACGACGGAAAUACUUUGAAAACAGCCUGCACGAUUCCUGCCCAUGACGGGCCUCUGGCUGCUCUUGCCUUCAACUCCACAGGCUCGAAGCUGGCAAGUGCUUCCGAAAAAGGCACAGUCAUUCGUGUAUUUUCCAUUCCUGGGGGGCAAAAGCUCUAUGAAUUCCGGCGCGGGAUGAAAAGGUAUGUGAACAUCAGCUCCCUGGUGUUCAGCAUGGAUUCCCAGUUCCUCUGUGCUUCCAGCAACACAGAGACGGUGCACGUCUUUAAGCUGGAGCAUCUCACUGACAGCCGGCCAGAGGAGCCUCCAACCUGGAGCGGUUACAUGGGAAAGAUGUUCCAGGCUGCUACCAACUACCUCCCUGCUCAGGUGUCAGGCAUGAUGAACCAGGACCGAGCCUUUGCCACCGUCCGCCUGAACAUCUCUGGUCAAAGGAACAUCUGUGCCCUCUCCACGAUUCAGAAGCUGCCUCGACUGUUGGUGACUACAUCGGAUGGACAUCUCUAUAUCUAUAACCUAAAGCCUUUUGCUGGGGGAGGAACAGUUGGGAUCAGAACUAACCUUCACCCCUCUCUUGCUCCACUUAGUCUGCUUGGCUCAGGAAAGAUGGAGGAGGACAAAGAAAACGACCUUCGGCCUCCGUUACCUCAAUCUUACGCAGCAACUGUAGCCAGACAAAGUACAGUGCCUUCAACUUCUACCAUGCCAGGUUAUUCAGAGGAUGGUGGUGCCCUGCGAGGAGAAGUUAUCCCAGAACAUGAAUUUGCAACUGGACCAGUGUGUCUCGAUGACGAGAAUGAGUUUCCUCCUAUAAUCUUGUGCCGUGGAGGUCAGCCGGGCAAAGCGAAGAGGUCAUGAUGAGAAACAAACAUCUACGCUUAGGACAACUGCUGGGAAGCUCUUUGGAAAAGCCAGGAAUUUCGAAGAAUGGAUUUGUGAGUCCCCAAGAUGAGGAAAAAAUAAAUAAAUUCCAAGGUGGGCCACAGCUUUUUCCUACAGUACGUUUAAAUGAAUGCCUGGCCCUGUUGGCUCCUUGUUUUAAUUCGUGUCUGGGGGGGGGUGUCAAUGUACUGUAUGCACAUCACGAUAUUUAACAAACUAUAUGUUAGAACCACAAUGUAAAUGCUAAUUUAAUCAGAUUUGUAUGUCACCAGAAUUUUAUAUACCCAUUUGUCCCUUUUCUAAUUUAUGCUGGUUUAUGUGUAUAAAUGUACUUAUAGGAAGAUACAUUAAACUUAUGCCUUUGUACAGUAUAUACAUACUAUUUUACCCAGGCAAAGUAUUUUUGCAGUGAUAUUAGAGGAGAUGCCAUUUGCUAUGUUCAAAGACAGAAUAAAGUCACGGUCUGUCCCUGGCA